GGCAAUACACAGCUGUAUAAUUUCAAAGAGUAUUUAAAGUGCGCCAUGGAUUGAACGAUUGGCUUGGCUUGACUUGUAUCUUUGUUUAUAUUGUUGAUACAACUUGCAGUUGUUGUGAUUGUGAGCUUCGCUUCUGGUUUUAUUGCACAUACAAAAUAGUUUCAGUUUCGAUUUCGGUGUAUACAAACAAAUAUGGCAAUUUAGCAGAAGCAACAAACGCAAGCUAUACACCGCAUUCAAUCGUCAAUGACGACGUACGAAUUCACUGCGCAGCGCGCAUUGCAUUGCAGCAUAUAAACAGCGAAAGAGCGACAGAGAGAGAGAGAGAGAGAGACAGAGAGCGAGAACGAGCAAACGAUAUACAAAGGUGCUGCCUCUUAAAUUGACCUAGUAAAUACAGGUCGCAAUGUCAUAUCUGAUCGAGUACACAGAUCCUCAAUGGCGGGAUCUGGAUAUGCGCGCUCUGCGUGUCGACGAGGCCUAUUUGUAUCUGAAGUCCGACUAUGCAAGUCGCACUUAUCUCUAUACGCUGUCCGACGAGUGCUAUACGUGCCCUUAUAGCAAAGUGAAAGUUCUGCCAGCCACAACGUCACUGGAUGUAGAACCGUUAAAGCUACAAACCGCUGUGGGCUUGAGCUUUAAAAUUUAUGCAAACGAUCAGGGUCGCUAUGCGUAUGAGAAUGUCUCUGCGCUGUGUGCGCUGCGCCGCAGCGAUCUUCAAGAAUUUGGCGUCUAUAAUUUGACAUUGCUGGCCAAUGGCAGCUGCAACUUUGCCGUGGAUAAGCCCGGUGUACCCAUCAAUUAUGCAUUCCUCUCUGUAUUCGUGUUGCUGGCGGUGGUGCUAGUGCUGCUCAAGGUUGGCCAUAGUGCUUGGAAAUACUAUCGCUAUGAUGAAGCGAAUGCCGUGGCGGAUAGCAUAGGCGAUGCAGCUGCCAAGGCGACGCAACGCAAGCGUCUGCGCAGCCUGGACGCGUUUCGUGGUUUGGCCAUUGUGCUGAUGAUAUUCGUCAACAGCGGCGGCGGUGGCUAUAGCUGGAUCGAGCACGCCGUCUGGAACGGCUUGCACCUGGCCGACAUUGUGUUCCCCAGCUUUCUGUGGAUCAUGGGCGUCUGCAUACCGCUUUCGGUCAAGGCGCAGCUGGCGCGUGGCAGCAGCAAGACGCACAUAUGUUUGCGCAUCGUCUGGCGUGCCUGCAAACUUUUUGCCAUUGGACUGUGCCUCAACUCUGUGAACGGUCCACAGCUGGAGCAGCUGCGUCUCAUGGGCGUGCUGCAGCGUUUUGGCAUUGCCUAUCUUAUCGUAGGCGUGCUCCAUACGCUCUGCAGCCGGCGCGAGCAUCUCAUUCCUCAGCGCGCUUGGCAGCGUGCCAUAUACGAUGUCUGCCUGUUCAGUGGUGAGCUGGCCGUGCUGCUGGCUCUGAUUGCCGCCUAUUUGGGACUGACAUUUGGCCUGCGUGUACCAGGCUGUCCGCUGGGCUAUUUGGGCCCUGGAGGCAAGCAUAUGAACGGUGCUUAUCCGCAGUGCAUUGGCGGCGCCGCGGGCUAUGUGGAUAUGCAGGUGCUUGGCCAGGCGCAUAUCUAUCAGCAUCCGACGGCCAGACGUGUCUACGAUGCGUCUGCCUUUGAUCCGGAGGGCGUGUUUGGCUGCCUACUGAGCGUGGUGCAGGUGCUGUUGGGUGCUUUUGCUGGUGUCACUCUCCUGGUGCACACGACCUGGCAGGCAAGGCUCAAGCGCUGGCUGCUGUUCGCCGCGCUCUUGGGGCUGCUGGGCGGCGCGCUGAGCGGCUUCUCCCAGGAAAAAGGCAUUAUACCUGUUAACAAGAAUCUGUGGUCCAUCUCGUUUGUGUUUCUCACUGUUGCACUGGCGCUCGCGCUGCUGUCUCUGGUCUACUACGUGGUGGAUGUGCGGCAAUUGUGGUCCGGCUAUCCGUUUACCGAAUGCGGCAUGAACGCCAUCAUCCUGUACGUGGGACACACCGUGAUGCACAAAAUGCUGCCCUGGCAUUGGCGCAUCGGCGCCAUGAACACGCACUUUGAGCUGCUGCUGGAGUCUGUUUGGAACACGCUGCUCUGGGUGGCCAUCGCACUCUACUUGGACGCGCACGAAUUUUACUAUAGUGUAUAAUCUUUAAUCCUUGCUAACUAUUCAAAUAUGUAAGCUGCAUCCGCUGUAUAUGUUUUUUUUCUAACCUGUACUUUCCCGAAAGAAUUUUAUAUUGUUUAAAUUAUCAAUUGCUUAAGCUUAAGGAAUAAUUAACAAUUGUAAUUAUUGGAACUGAUUUCAAACUGUUAUCGUGCAAUAUAGCUAUGUAAACUAGUUGUGAACUAUUUGUUUUGUUAAAAGCUCGAUCAGCGAAUACCCCAAACCCAGACCAAUGGUUUGAUGGGCUGCUUGAACUGAUUCACGUACAAUAGGUAGAGGCCAAUGUGCAA